AUGUCGUCCUCAUCGUCAGAUGGCGUAGAUGAAGCUUUUGAAGAAUUUUUUGACGAAGAAUUUGAUAAUAUCGUCGACUCUCUACUUGUACAAGCCAACAAACCAAAGAGACGAGCUUAUAUCGAAAGAGAUCGGGAACAAGGCCACAUUCAACUAUGGAAUGACUAUUUCCAGGAAAAUCCUACUUACCCACCGGACAUGUUUAGGCGGCGUUUUCGAAUGAACAAGCCAUUGUUCCUUCGCAUUGUCGAGCGGCUAAGUACAGGUGUUCCAUACUUUCGGCAAAGACGAAAUGCUCAUGGAAGGAAAGGCCUAUCACCUCUUCAAAAAUGUACGGCAGCUAUACGUAUGCUCGCAUAUGGUCAAUCGGGAGAUACGUAUGACGAAUAUCUCCGACUUGGUGAAAGUACGGCACUUUUAUGUUUGGAACAUUUCACUAAUGGGAUAAUAGACUUUUUUGGUGAAGAGUAUCUAAGAAGACCUACCGCGGAAGAUCUUCAACGAUUACUCGAUAUUGGAGAGGUUCGCGGGUUUCCAGGAAUGAUUGGUAGCAUUAACUGUAUGCAUUGGGAGUGGAAAAACUGCCCUACGGCUUGGAGAGGGCAGUACACACGAGGUCGAGCACCUAAAGUUAAAUUCAAGGUCAACAAUCACACUUACCGUAUGGCGUACUACCUUACUGACGGAAUUUAUCCGAAUUGGUCAACAUUUAUCCAAUCCAUCCCACUUCCUCAAGGUAAUAAAGCAGAGCUGUUUGCUAAACAUCAAGAAUCCACUAGGAAAGAUGUCGAAAGGGCUUUCGGGGUUUGCAAUCGAGGUUUGCAAUAG